AAAUGUUAUAAUUCAAAAAGCAAAUGAAAUAAUUCCUAAAAAGAAAAAACUUAUAUCUGGAAAAUAUGAAGAAUCCAAAGCAUUACAUAAUAACUUCAUUACAUAUAGAAAACUUAUGGCUAUAAGGAAAAUUUAUAAGUGGGGCAGGCAAUAUCAUACCAACA